AUGGCCGCUCCCAACGACGUCCGCCAAUCACUCAAGCGCCUGGCUGACGAGGACGCCGAGGACCACAUGGCCAUAUAUGAGGCCAGGAAGCGCCUGAAGGCGAGAGAUGAGCACCGCGCCGCUCUGCUCAGCAACCUCAACACUCCUGCCCAUCCGGCUCCUCCCACUGCCCCUAUCUACUACAACCUCCCGUCCUUCGCCGACGCCACCGGCAACGUGCCUGCUCCUGGGCCGCCUGUCGGCACCUUGUUCUCGUCCCCCUUUGACGACAUCGUUGGCAAUGUCCCCGUCCCUGGCCCACUUGCUGGCACCAUUCCCCUGCCCUCUUCCGCCGAGAACGAUCUCGCCAACAUGUUUGAGCUUGAUCAAGAACUUUUUAUCGACGAUUUACCUUUCCCAACCGAUCAAACGUCCCUCCCCGAUGCGCCUGCUGCCGUUGCCAACCAGCACAUGAUCGAGACUCCUGCCCGCAACAAGUCUCUGUUCGAGCUAUUCGACGAGUUCAGACAGACUCGUGAGCACGGAGAUGAGUCUGUUCUGCACUGCGGUGCAUGUUUCAAGAGGGCAAGAGACCCUAUGCUGACGAAUUGCCUCCACAUUGCGUGCAAGUCUUGUUUCAACGACAUGCUGAAUGCAGUCGAGCACAAUCCUGAGCUUGUUCCCACGUGCGAGACGGAUAUGUGCCCGGAGUUUGACGCCGACCACGUCUUCGAGCUAGGUCCAGACCUGUUCAAGCUUCUUGCCGAGUCCGUUGGCAUCAGCAUCAACGAUCGUGAUGACCUUAGAGCGGAAUUCGGCCCUCUCAGUGAUGCCGCUCUCCGAAUGGGAGAGCUCUACGACGCUGCCGCCCAGCGCGGAGAUGUGGCUGCUCUUAAGGAUCAUCUCGAGCAUGGAUCAGGCGCAAUUCUUCCCUUGGAUGCGGCACUCCUCAACCGAACUCCGAGCUUCUUCGUGUCCGAGCUCAUCAAGGCAUCCCGGCGCACUAGCACAGAGGACCUGCUUGACGGCAUCCACGAUUACGACUUCGACGACUCCGACCAUGCCGGCGCUCAACCCCGUCACGAAGAUCAAUUGCCCUCCGAUGAUAGCAGUAGCGACUAUUCCGGCCGACAGUCCUCCGAUGACGAUACUUCGGCGUCCUCCUCGCGAUCAGGUGAGACCGACUCCGACUCCGACUCCGACGAUGACUGGGAUUCUGACGACUCAGAUGUUUCAGCCACAGAGGUGCGCGUACUUAGGAGAGACUGGUCAGACGAAUACCGGGAGACCUUAAUGCCCGUUCCUGCUAUCGAUCGUCAUGAAGCUUCUGACGACCUGGCACGAGAUGGAUGGCAAUGCGGUCUGGAACCUUCGUUCGCCACGGUCUUCUUUUGA